GUAUUUUUUUUUUUUUAACAGGAAAAAAAUGUUGUGUUGUUUUGAUACCAAGAGUGGGGGUAGGUUUAGAAGCAGUAGCGGGACGUGCGUAUUGCGAAAUUGACAAAUGUGAAAUAAGCAAGUGAUAACGGUAUCGUCGUGGGUUUUACUUUGGUAGUGGCGCCUUCUGUCUCAGAACAGAGAUUUAUAUCACAACAAAAAUGAAAUUCUGUUUACAAAACGCUACAAAGUGCGGAAGACUUGGAGUUAUUACGGAGAUUUCACGUUUGCCGGAGAUGGCGCUAGAGACACCUCUCCUGCUCUUGUAUACGAAGGGUGGGUCUGUGCCUCACCUUACACAUGAAGUCCUGGAGAUGGUUUCUAAUGAGAAGCAUCCUCUGUGUGUUAGCCUACCAACAACUAUUCACAUGCAUUCACCAGUUGCUGAGAUAAAGAAGGGCCUAGCCUCAUUCAUUGGCAUGAAGGACUACGUGAUCUACUGUGGUGUUCAGGACCCAGCAGUAGUCAGUCCCUCAGGAUACAACGAGAAGGGAGCGGUCUCUGUGUGGCCCAGAAGUGGUAAUCAUUCCCUGACACCGGAUAUGUACAUGGAUCUGAUUGAAGCCUUCCAGCCUGACAUGUACCAAGCACUCUGUGAUGGUGAUACGGAUAUCCAUAGCAGCAAAAAACGUACGCGGAAGUGUGUUGAUCGCACAUCAGAGUUUCUUAAACACUGUGUUCGGAGGCAUAAGGCAUCAAAGACAUUACAAAGCAGUAGCCUCUUCGCAGUAAUUGAAGGAGGAUACAGCGUACAUGCAAGACAAGAAUCAGCCAGAGCUGCAGCUCAGCACCCUGUAUCUGGCUUUGUUAUUGAUGGCCUACAUACCAAUGGACCAGAUGUGGAGAAAAUUACAUUCUCUAGCAUCAGAGAAGUGAUCCAGGAGACUGUAAAGUUACUUCCAGAAGACAAGCCCCGUAUUACUCAUGGUUGUUGGAAUCCAGAUAUGGUUCUUAAACUGGUAGAGUCUGGAAUUGAUGUAUUUGACAGCUCAUACCCGUUUAUCGUGUCAGAGAGAGGAUCAGCUUUAGUGUUCUGCAACUCAUUGGAUUAUGAGCACACCAAACAGCACAGUCCUGAUUCACCUAUAAAGGAAGAGGAAACUAACAAAAGUAUUAAUAUUGAUAGUCAGAAGCAAGCAGUAAAAUCAGACAAGGGUGAAAACUGUAAAAAUCUGAACUCUGAUUCAGAAGCCAUCGUACAUUCCUCAACCACAGGUGCAAAUGGUGUACAUGACAGUAAUGACACUGUGUAUGAAAUAUCUCUGAAGGAUGAUAGGUUUCGUGAAGAUUUCGAGCCUGUGGUAGCAUCGUGUCAGUGCCUUUGCUGCAAAAAGCACACAAGAGCCUACAUACAUCAUCUGUUAAUGACCAAUGAGCUGCUUGCACCAGUACUGUUAUCAGUGCACAAUAUGCACCACUACUUGGCGUUUUUCAGAAGCAUAAGAACUGCAGUUACAAAAGGAGACCUUGAAUUGCUAAGAAAUAACAUAAAAUUAAAAAUGUAAACCGGCAUUUUCAUGAAGUAACUGUUCCUAUUUUUUUACAUUAUAAAAAAUGACACCAAAUUUGUACAAUAA